AUGGGUGUAGCGCUGGCCGUUGUCAACGGAAGGCUAUACGCGGUUGGUGGGUUUAAUGGUUCUACCGACCUGGACACCGUUGAAGUUUUUGAUCCAGAGGCAAAUCAGUGGAUAAUUCAUAGCCGCAUGAAUGAGCGACGACGUUUGCUGGUGUGGGUGUUCUUCGGAUGUCGCAGCAAUCUCAUCAAUAGUGAUUGGUAUCCGAUGCAGAUCACUUUUCUUGCACUUUCGUCGCCUGUUAUUCUUGGAUAA